AAGAGAGCGAAGACGUAACCGAAAGCAUCAGUUGUUCAAUCAUCUUCAUCCUCCAAACAACUCCAAACAUGAAGAUCGUCAUCGUAGCCGCUUUCUUCGCCGCAGUUGCCGCUCAAUCCUACCCGGAGCCGGCCUACAAGACUCCCGAAUCUUACCCCCCUCAGCCGUACAGUUUCGACUGGGCAGUCAACGACGCCCCAUCUUACAACAACUACGGCCACUCUGAGAAGAGCGAUGGCAAUGUCGUCACCGGAUCUUACCGAGUUCAACUCCCCGAUGGUCGCAUGCAAAUCGUCAACUACAGGGCCGACAGCAACGGAUACGUUGCGGACGUAAAAUACGAAGGAGAAGCCAAGUAUCCCGAGUACAAGGCUCUCGCUGGACCCGCCUAUCAACCUCCAGCUCCUGCUGCUCCGGCUUACAGAGCACCAGCAGCUGCUCCUGCCUACAGGGCUCCUACUCCCACCGCAGCUCCAGCCUACAGGGCCCCUGCUCCCACUGCUGCUCCGGCUUACAGAGCCCCUGCUCCGACCGCUGCUCCGGCCUACAAACCGAUUGUGCCGCUGGCUUACAGAGGAUAAUGCAAUCGAUGGUGUCCUGACCUGCUUCAUGUGAAGCUAAAUACUCUUAUAAUUUUGAAAAAAUGUCAAAAAUUUAUAUUGAAUGCUGAUGUGACCAUAUUUCCCAUUUUCUCCAAAUAUGUUCAAUCGAAGCAUAUUGAGCUUGAAAAAAAGUAUUCCGUGUUGUACCUAAUUGAAAGAUGGCUACUAUACUAUGCACUAUACGUUUUGAAAUACAAGAUGUUUUUAUGUUUCAA